AUGCUUGGCCUUGUUUGCUUCACGUGUGCUGGGCUGUAUAAUGCGAUGACCGGUCUGGGAGGGGCAGGGCAGGUCGACCCUAGAACAAGCGCGAACGCCAAUUCGGCUUUGUAUGCUGCACUUGCAUUAUUAUCAGUCUUUGCAGGAUCUGUCAUGAAUAUGCUCGGUCCGCGGCUCACACUCUUCCUCGGCACCACGGGAUACGUCCUCGGUCUCAUAUCAUACUUGGUGAUCAAUAUUAAUCCCAAUGCCGGUUGGUUUGUCAUAACGGCAGGCGGGAUCGAGGGUCUCUGUGCCGCCCUUCUUUGGACGGCCCAGAGUACCCUCAUGAUGGCAUAUCCUACAGACUCCCAGCGUGGAAGAUUCAUCAGUAUCUUCUGGGCUAUAUAUAACUUAGGAGGGGUCGUAGGCGCUACUGUAUCCCUCGGUGAGAACAUUCAUCUCAAGGUGUGUACAAUGCUGAUCGGUCUCAUUACACUGAACACUGUAGGCAUGGCGGUCCCACUCAUCAUGGUAGACCCAAAUCGCAUGUAUCGCUCCGAUGGUACCAAAGUCACCACCCCUCGUCGUCCUUCCUGGAGAUCGGAACUUCAUAGUCUAUAUUUCUCGCUCAAGAGCGAUCCCAUGGUGCUUCUUCUCUUCCCUAUGUUUUUCGCGAGUAAUUGGUACUUCACCUGGCAAUUCAACGACUAUAAUGCUGCCCUAUUCAACAUCAGAACACGUUCUCUCAAUAAUCUCGUCUACUGGGUCUCGACCAUCCUCGGUUCCAUCCUUAUCGGUUUCGUCCUGGAUCAGCGCGGGCUUACUCGACGCCUCCGAGCGUUCUACGGAUGGGGGAUACUUAUAUCACUCACCUUCAUCGUUCACGUCUGGGCAUUUAUCUACCAAAGAAACUAUACCCGAGAGUCCAUACCUGUCAACUCGCUCAAGAUGGAUAUAUUCGACAAGGGAUAUGCAGGCAGAGUCUUGCUGUACGGGUUUUGCGGUGCACUCGGUGCAAUGUAUCAGAGUUUCGUUUACUGGAUCAUGGGCGCUAUGACCGACGAUCCCGCGAAGCUGGCUUACUACGCGGGAUUCUAUCACUCAAUGCAAUCCGCAGGUGCCGCGGGCGCUUUUGGGGCCGAUGCUGUGGGCUUACCGUACGUUUAUAUGAACAUAUUCCUUUCCACCUGGGUUCUAUUGGUAGCAGGACUGGUUGUAGCCUUGCCGAUGCUCUACUUUCGGGUCCGUAAUGCUAGUGACGACACCGGGUGCUCAGAGUAA